AUGACCGUGUUGUGUCUGGGGCACCACGUGACCACAGUGUUGGGGGCAAGGCCCUACACGGCAGCCUCCUCCAAGCAAACAGCCGAGCGGCCAGGAGCGGAGGCUCGGGUGGACCUGGGCUGCAGCAGGGAGAGACGCCCGGUGGCCCUGGACGUCCAGCACACUGCUCCUGGUCAGCCUGGUGUUUCCCAACUUUCUCCUGACCUCAGCCUGUCCUUCUGCAGGGACUGCUACUUCCUGUGUGAGAUGAAUUCGGGGGCCACCACCUGCAAGGUCAGCCUCUCCAUGAUGCCCCUAAAGCAAGGUGUUGUGCUCCACCUCUCCCUGACGUUACGGGUUGGGCAUAAAAACCUCAGUCUCACUCUGCUGGCGCCAGGCACUGUAAGGCUGGAGUUCUUCCUGAUGCUGGGGCUCAUCCUCUUUGCCAGUGUGAGCAUCGGGCUCAUCAUCCAGACAGGGGAGGAGACAGGUCCCCCUCUGCCAGGUCACCCACCUGCCCCUGGCUGGGCUCAGGCACCUCAUGUGAAAUUCCCUCAGGACCCAGGAGAGGGAGAGAUAUGGGUCCCCCUUUGCAAGCAGGAACACUGGGUGUCUCUCGGUGGCUUCGAGGAUGCUGUGAAAGCCCAGGAGGCUGCGUGGUUGUGUGGCCAGCUGACAGUGACGACCAUCUCACUCUGCCCUGAACACUCAUGCAGGGAUAGAAGCCGCCAGAACCUUCUCUCAGGUCCAGAGCCCAAGCAGCCCAUGGCAUUUCAUUUCAUUCUUUCCUUUUUUUUUUUUCUUUCCUGUCACCCCCCUUCUUUCCUGACGUCUGCUUUCCUGGCACCAAUCCUGGGUGUGGAGUUUGUCCUGGGGACUGGCGGGGCCCUCUUCCUCUUCCACGUCCGCAGGUGGCCCUGGACGUCCAGCACACUGCUCCUGGUCAGCCUGGUGUUUCCCAACUUUCUCCUGACCUCAGCCUGUCCUUCUGCAGGGACUGCUACUUCCUGGGGCAGUGCAGGUGGUUGGGACUCCGGGGAGCACCUGCUCCUGACCACUAAUUUCAGCCACUCCUCUCCUAGUUACGGGUUGGGCAUAAAAACCUCAGUCUCACUCUGCUGGCGCCAGGCACUAAGGCUGGAGUUCUUCCUGAUGCUGGGGCUCAUCCUCUUUGCCAGUGUGAGCAUCGGGCUCAUCAUCCAGACAGGGGAGGAGACAGGCGGCGGCAGGCGCGGGCCACGGAGGGCUCUGUGCAUGCUGGCGAUGGUGGUCCGUCUAUGCCACCUGCUCAGCACCAUCUUCAGCACGCCUUCCAUGGUGGCCUUCUAGCCACAGGCCUGCCACACCACAUCGGCAUAUGGUGUCCACAGGUCCCUGGCCCUGACCUACCUCAACAGCAGCCUGGACCUGUAGCUUAACUGCUUCUGCAGCCCCAGCUUCCCCAGCUAGAGCUGGGCCCUGCGGGGCCUCACACAGAGAAUGGACGGGCAGAGACCAGAGCAACUACCAGCCUUCCACACGCAGCACUUGGAGGCCAGUAGGAAGGCAGAGGCUGCAGUGAAGCUGCAGGCAGGGGUCUCCCUAGAGGCCCCUCUGACGCUGAGGUCGCUGCAGGGAAUAGUGUCUCCGCCCGCCAGGCUCUGACAACCCAACUGGACAAGGUGCCUCAACCAACUGGACAAGGGACAUCUGAGACCAGGGGCCAAGGCAGAGACAGGACCCAGCUGGCAGAAGACAGAGGAUGGCCUCGGUCUUGCAGAGUGUAGGAAAGCAGCCGGUGCCAGGCCAAGAGACAAGGCUGAGGGAGCAGCUGCCUGGUCCUGGGGCCCGGAGCCAAGUACUGGGAGAGCAGACAGCCUGCCUUAGGAACGGGACAGCUGUGUUAUCCGGGAUCUCUGGUGUGUCCCUUCCAAUACUCCCUUUUGAAAAUGCAAGCGUGUCUCAGCUGUUCUAAGGAAAAGCAAAUUAACUUCCUUGGCUCCCACCUGGACUGGGUCGCAGGAUUCAAAGUGAACGCCCCAAAGUGAAAGGACCCUCUGGGACAGAGUGAGGAGGUCACCCAGCAGCCUCUUCACAGGGACAGUGUCCUUCAGAGCUCUUGGGAAGG